UUCAAUAAUGGUAGACGAAGAUGGGCUGAAAUUGCACCAGCAACAGGCAUAUAUAUGUUGACGGUGCUUGUGGACUUAUAUUCGUUACACUCGGAUUUUUAAAAGUGGAUUCAAUGUAGGGAACAACAUUUCUUUAUCUACUCCGGCCAUGAAAAUGCCGUGGAGAGAUCGAAUCGGUGCGAUAUUUCUGUUGGGAUUGCUCCAUGGGCUAGCGGAAUGUGUGGAGAUAGAGUUUGACAGUCCAGUGGACGGCUUUUUCCUGAAGUCUGUCUAUCACAAGAAUGAGCCAUGGGACCCACUGGUGAAGAAAGAAAACUUUCUUAUUACACGUCCUGCAGAAAACUAUAACCUCAAGGCCAGCAGUGGCCCCUUUGAGGUACACCAGGUUAUACAGGAUGAUCUGGUUCACACAUUACUGGACACACACACGAUGGGCAAGCCAUCACUUGUACAUCAUGACGUUGUGUUCGGUUUAGAUGUCAGUGCACACAUUAUUUCUGACACACUUUCACCAAAAUGGCCGAAACUUCAGGUGUUAAUACAUGCUAGUCCUCCUUUAAGUACAAAAUCGCGGGGCAAAGGCAAGGUGAAAUCUUCAACCUCGUCAAAGGCAGGAUAUCGUACGACGCCGCGUAUGUGGUGCGGACAUGUUUACGCACACCUAAACAACCAAGAGCUUUCGUCGUUAUGUGUUCUAAGUAACAAAGACAAUGCAUGUGUGGCCAGUUUAGUUAUUCCUGAGAAUUGGUUCCACAGUGAUGAUAUCACAGGUGUACCGUUGAUGCAUGUGUCCUACACCUUCUCGCACGCCGACCAAAACCAGGAAUGCGCCAGUGCCUCCAAUUCCAUAGUUCCUGGGCGAUCAUUUGAAAAUUCAUUGACGAACAAACGGAAAUAUAUUAUAUCAUUAUCUUUAGCUCACAGAGAUAAUGAGUUUGAAGUGAAAAAAGAUCAACAUAUUCUUAUACAUGUGCCAAAGGAAUCUUUUACUCCAUCGUCAGUGUUUGAAAUACCAGUGAAGCUGGAGGCGGGGUCAGAUCUUCAGGUGUUUGUUAUGAGGGCGAAAGUGCGGAACGGAUUAAAGAUUACAGGCGCAAUAGCAGAUGCUGACGGACCUUGGCAAAUCCACGUGGACAUAAACGAAAGACAGCGAGUCGGUACGGUUACUGCUCGUAUACAUGACAUAACGAAGUACAGAGCUUCCACUGAAGUUCAGGAAAUUUUCAAAUGGCGAGUAGAAGUGGAGGACACAGGAUCAAAUAUGGGAACGGGACGAAUUAUAUGGAGUAUUGAAUACGAACGUGAUCAGCGGCAUGAAUCCUACACAUCACAGGGAUCAAGAAUUGUAUCGCGUAUUAACCUACGAAGUCGAGAGCAAGAGAGAAUUGUGCCAAUAUUGAAGGUGAGAGAAAUUCUGAACUUUGCUCUCCUGACGGAACGGAGGCAGGUUUAUCCUCUUAAAGUUUACAGUGUAAAGGAAACGGAUGAAUUGACGGACAUCUCUGAAGAGACUGCCUGUCAUUCAGCAGAGGAAGAUGUCCUCAAGGUGUCGUCAAACUGCUCAUCUGUGUUUGUGGAUGGGACGGAAAGACGAGGGUCACACAAUGUCACCAUCAUCGCCAAGUCUGGACGCAAUACAGCAUUCAUCAAUGUCCGAGUAUGGAUACCUGCUGAACACCUUGAUGUUCAGUUGUCUGAUGACAAACUUAGCCAGGUUCGAGGCUGGAAAGUAUCACAGCGACACCAAGGCCGUGGCAACCGCAGGGGGAGAACCAGGAAUAAAAGACUUGUUGAUCAAUUUCCCCUGAUGAAAAAAUAUCGGAAAUUCUCUCGUGGUGGCGGUGGUGGUGGUGGUGGUGGCGGAAGCUGUCAGCUGCGCCACCAACAAGCCACAGUAGAGGUAUACGCCCAGUUUUACAUAUCCACGCCUGGUGGCCCAAACUUCUUCAAGAGCAAGCAGGCCUGGCUUUCCGUCACUGAUAUGGUCUUGGACAAACUCCGAGUAACUGACCCUCGCGUGGUUAGCCUGAACAAUGCUGUCAUACAGGGUCAAAGUGUUGGCAGGACCGAAGUACAGGUUAUGACCCCGAUGCGGAGGCUGAUUGGCGGUAAAGAGGUCCGCGUCAGCAAUGACAAAGUAUCAGUAGAGCGGCUCAUCAUCACCUUGGUUACUGGAAUCACACUGGAGAUCCAUAUUUCUCACGAGAUUCCUGGAGCCAUGACUGCAAUCUCACAUAUACAGGGUAGACUUCACACCAAGUAUCAAGAAGCUGUACUGGACGUUUCUAUACAGUAUUCUGAUGGCACACAGUUCCCGCUGGAAAAAGUGGAAGGGGGAGAUUAUGUUUUAGAUGUAUCCGCUCUCAACCACUAUGUAAUUGGUAUGGCACCCUAUACCAAACAAUACCAACCUCGCAUUGUUGCCUUAGGUCAAGGUCAUGGAGAACUUCUCAAGGUCAUGCUUAAGCUUGGUAAUGAUUGUGCUAGGAAACGGUCAAGGUCUAUUUCUGUGAGCUACGUUGUUGUGGAUUCAGAUUUCUCCCCUGGCAACCGUGUUUAUAAUGAUCCCUUUGUUAGUGAUGGCCACUAUGACGAUAACAGAGCAAGUGAUCGCAGAGAUUCUCCUGGCAUAAGUGUCAACAAUGAAAAAUCUCGUUACGGUGUCCAACAUAUAAGUGAAAAAGACAGCAAUAAGGAUACUGAUGAUAAAUUUGGAAAGGUGACCAAGAAAAAGGAUCCAAAUGAUGCUGGUGUGAUUCCCAUUGGGAUUGAUCUGGCAGAGAAUCUCCGGACUCAGGAAAGUCCACAAACAAAACAGGAACCAGUUCGACAGGAGGAAAUAGCCAUGUUAUCUCCCCUGGAGAUAGGCAUGUAUGUCCUUCUGGCCGUGUUCUGUGUUGCAAUUUGUGUGUUUCUUGUCAAUUGUAUUGUGUUCAUGGUGCGUUACAAACGCAAGCACGUUCCCAAGGGCAAACGGUUAGAGACUGUGGCCCAGGCAAACGAUUGGGUGUGGAUUGGUCGUGCCACCCUUGAACGCAAUGCCAUCAACACAAAGUGUUCACAAACCCUGAUGCCAGCUGAGGACUUCAACGGCAACCACACGCCAGUGGCAGGUGGAAGUAGUCAAAACAGCAGUGGACAAAAUUCAGCUGAGGCUAGUAAUCGAAGCAGUUUUGUGUCAACCAUAAAAGGUUCUGAAUGUAGCAUCCGCAUCACUGCCAAUCCCUUGUUGGAAGCUUCAAACGCUCCAUCUACAGUGGGUGAAGAAAUGGACAACAACAACCAGCAUCGUCAGCUGCAGCAGCACCUGGACCCAGAGUGGGACUACGAGGCCAUGGGCAUGACAUAUGACCAACUGGUUGACUAUUUCGACAACUUGAAGGAAUCAACAGCUUAGUUAAAACAACCAACAACAAAUUUAAUUUCAUUUAAUGUGUGACAGAUUUCAGUUUUCGUCACAAGUGAAUGAAAGUUAUGAAUAUAUGUAAAGAAAUAUUUGUUAAAUUCAGAAGAUCUAGAUCUGAUACUGGUGACGUUACUUAAGCCAGCUGAAGGAGUUGGCAAAUUAAGCCGAUUCCUUAAGAAACUGUGACAGUAUUCACUUUUAUAAGCAGUAUGAUACCGAUUCAAGCAGAGGAAAUACUUGUCUAUUUAAAAAAAAAAAACAGUUAAAAGAUGUUAGGUUUUUGUUGAAUUUUGAAACUUGUUUCUAAAAAAGAUCAAUGCAAGAAGUAGAAUGGGUAGGAAGUGCUUCCAUCUGUGUUGUGAUUUUACUGCGAAAACCUUCUGGCAAUAGACACCCUGCAUUUGUAAGCCUGCUUCCUCUGGGCUGGGCGUCUAAGGAUGGCUACUUUGGAUACUUACCUCACAGAGGUUGUAGGGGUAAGGGAGAAUAUCUCUCAAAAUCAUGGAAGAUUUGUGAAGAAACCCCUGUUUAAUAAUAAAGAUCAUAAAACCAAAUUUCCUGUAUGACAUACUACAUCUUGUUACCAUGACUAUUGGAUGAAAUGUUGAUGUCACCAGUUGCGGUGAAUUACCAGUAUGUUAUAAUUAUUUAUAUAUAGAUUUUCAUAAUUUUAAGACAUGUGCUCAUGCUGUAGAAAUUUACAGAAGGGCAAAUAAUUCCAUGAAUUUAUUGGAACGCAACUUUCACCUGUAGCUUUGAUGCUAGACCUGAAAUACAGAGUGAACGAGUUUAACAUGUACCAAAGUUUGCUUGCCAAUUAUCUGUAAUAUUCAUGUUUCAUAUACACCACUCCUUUGUACAUUAUUUACAAGUGUAUCACGACAUGCAAGUAUAAUAUUGUGUACACAUCACUCCAUGUCCAUUGUUCUCCCCACAAAAGGAUCACAAAUAUAGUUUCUUGUAUAUUGAACCAGACAAAACUUGAGGAAAACUUAAGGAACCUUCUUUCAGAGCUUUUAGAUUUUUUUCCCAUUAUAAUGUAAGAAAUCAAAAGACACCUUUUUAAUGAAAUUAAAUGAAAAUAUUUUUGAAUUUAUUUUUUUGAAAAUCUAGGAAAUCUAAUUAAAAUGAGAUUUGUAUACUCUAUAAUGAAGUACAAAAAAACAGACUUCAUACAUCUCUGUAGUAUUAAAGUGUGCAUUUUAAAGUGAAAUGUUGUAUGUUGGAAUAUAUAGUGCAAAGCUUUCUGGCAGCCAAGAUCAUUUCAAAGACUCUAGAUAUAAAUUGAAUUAAUUUACAACUGAUGGUCAACUACCUAAAUACAGGAUCAUCUGCUGUAGAAGGAGGAUGUCGCACUCAUUAAGUAGUGUCACUGUUAUUUAUUCAUUAUUUAUUUACAUUGUACUAGCAUCAUUGAUUUGUUAACUGCAUAUUUAUAUAUUGAAGAAUGAUUAUAGCUUUGACUGAUCUAUGUAGGUAAGAAUGGAAGUUGUAUAUAUCAUAGAUGUAUAUGUUAUGUAUGUGUCUAGUUGACCACACUGAUAGUGACAAUACUUCACUAAAAUAGGUGUUGUAUUUUAUAUGGAGUCAAGAAUACUCACUCUUUCAUUUGAACAUGCGUUUUAUUGACGUUGGAUCAAAGGUCAUGUGCCAGGGAUGUUAACUUCAAGAUCACUACCUAUCUGUAUGACUCAACAUCAGACACUGAACCAAACACACUGUACCAGGCUUCAAUGUUGGUUCUAAGGUCAUAUUGGCUUCAUGUUGAUCCUUUAUUCCCCAACAGGGUUGACACUAGACUUGACCCUUAAGUUUCCUUGACCUUAAGGGGUCAUCUAGUUCCCUUCUCAUUGCUGUUUUCUGUAUUAGUAGACAUAUAGCCUUGUAGUUAUUAUUGUACAGUGAUACCACAUCCUGUGUCACAUAACGUUGUUAAAAAAGCACUCUUUGCUAUCCUUUACAAUGAUAAUUAAAAAAAAGUUUAUUGAAAAUCGAGUUAAGAAAGAAAAUUUCAGUGAAUCAUUUACAACAUUAAUAAAAGAUUAAUCUAUAUUUAACUACAUAUGAACAGCAAAAAUUUUGAUAAUGGAGACUUUUUGAUAUAGAAUAUCAAGGUAGCAAUUGACUGGUGGUAGUCUUGAGGACAUUCUUAUGGACUGUAAGAUUUUUUAAGAGUGAAUGAAAUGUUGAUUCCCUUUAUUAACUGUAAACUGAGAUCAGAACUUUUAAAUGAUUUAUCUAAAUGUUUGUAAAAUGUAUAUGUAUUGAUAACAGUAACCGUUUUUGUGUUGUAUGACCAUGAUUGUUAUAAUUUUGUGCCAUUUUGCUACAGCUAUUGUUUUUUUCCUGUAUUUCUAAAUAAUUAUAAUGAAGGUUAACAGCUGAUUCCACAUUUUAUGGAGAAAUUUAUAUAAUUGAUAUUUAUUCCUUGUUUAAAUUUCUACAUACAUGUAUUUUUAUCAGCUAUUUAUCUAGGUUUGAUAUAUAUAUAGUACAUCAGACCAGGAAAUGCCACGUACAAUGUGGGAAAGUAAUUUUAACUGAUUAAUGUGUUUGCUGGACAAAUAUCAAGAUCACAGAAAGAAUCUCAGAAAAUUAAUGAUUAGAUAUUGUUUUUAAGAAUAUUCAUCUGGUGCUUUUUUAUUCUUACACUUUGCUUGUUUUUAAUGAUUAAGGGGGCAUAACUCCGAUUAAAAAACUGCCUGCUAUUUUGUGUUCUACAAAUAAAAAAAAUUCGUUCCUGAAACAUUGGAAUCUUAAUUUUCUUUAGAAACUAACUCUAUAUUGAAAUAUUCAUGUGAUAACUGAAUUCUUUAUAGGCAAGUUUUCUUCUUUGUAUUAAGAACCUAGAAUUUGACAAAUCCAUGUGUAGGUAUAUGUUUCUCUUUGUUUAACAUGACUUCAUUGUACCAUAUUAAUGAAAUGCUUUAUGUGCAAUUUAGAAGAUGAAAUAUUCAAUGUUUAUUUGCUUUGUUAAUAUGGCUUUGAAACCACUCUGGUAGUUUGUAUAUAUUUACAGUAUAUAUAUAUCUGUUAUGUUUUUGUAUGAGAGCGAGUGUGCGGCUCAUAGCGCUGGUACAUUACUGGCUCAUGUUAUACCAGAUGUAAAGUAUCCUCUUGUACAUAAUCAUGGUUAUUAUGCAUUUAUAUAUGGUGAACUGUUACAUAUUACUGCUAGUAAUUUGUCUAAGAACCAUGUCAAGUCAUAUAUGAUGGCCCUUACCACAGAUCAAAUAUGUCAAAAAACACAUUUUUGUUGCAACAUAAUAAAUGCAGUUUCAAACAAAUGAUUGAGAUGCAGUUGAAAAUGUCUUUAUUGGAUUUAUCAAAGGUUAAAAUUUAACUGGUUAACUUCAGGAUUUUGAUUUUAUGCUGUCAAAACAUUUUGGUUUCUGAACAAAUAGUAUGGAAAAAACACCUUUAGAAAUCCAUAUUGAAUUCUGAUAUGUUUUCCCGGAGCAAAAUACUUAGAAUUUCACAUCUUUAUGACAAAUAAAAUUGUAUCAAUUAAUUUCCUAAAUAUGUAAAUAAUCAUACAACUGUUUUAAUUUCCCUACUGUUUAAUGUGCUAGAUAUAGCAUUUUGUAUGUAAUUCACAGGUUGUACUAUAAAAUAAAGCUGUCAUAUGAGUUCCCACCAUCUUUAUUGGCACGUGAUUAAAUAAGGAAACUAUUAAACAUAAGAAAUCUUUCACCAGAAAUCUUUGAUAAUUUUUUUAUAAUCAAAAUUAUUAUUUACAAAAUCUUUCCUUUGAUAACAAUCAAAAUAUGAUUUUAAAAAAUCCUUCCUUUUAUAUCAACCUUAAAAAGAUAUUUCACUGCUUGUCUGUACUGCUUGGGAGACAGUCACACAUAAUGUCUUUCAUUAAUGCAGAUGUUUGCAUAUUUAUGAUUUUGUAAUACUGGUCAUUCCUGGUCUUACCAUCACAGGAUGAUGGAUAACUGAAAAUUAGGAUAUGUGGCAUUCUUAAUCUGAAACAGAAACCAGCUAUAAUAAUUUGGAAUAGAUCAAGUUUCUAAGUAUACAAGUAAUUAGUAAGACAGGAGUUGUGAAGUUGUUGAAGCAUAAUUGUAUGUUUUGAAUCGUAUCCGUGUAAAUUGAGUUAGCUGUGCCCCUGCAGGGCCUGUACGGUGUUCUUUAUAUUACCCCAAGGGAAUUGUGACAAGCCCCCUGUUAGGGUUUGUUUUUGUUAUGUAUUGCCUAGAUCUUUUCGGUCUAGUUUAACGUCCCACCAUCAGCUUGUGAAAUCAACUGUGUUGUUUGUAUAUGGCUUUGUAUAUGUUUGAUGAUGUAUGUAUAUUAUACUGCUAAACUCCAUCACCUGUACGAUAUAUGGAAUUAGCAUUAUUAAAAUUGUUAUUUUUAAGAAGAAA